CCUCCAAGUCCCUCCUCUUCUCCCUCAAAAACACAGACUUUCUUCCAAACUCUCUCUGUAUCUGAAUCAAACUUCACGAACCCAAAAAACAAAAGAAUUAAAAAAAAACUCAUCGAUCCAUUACAAACAAUUCCAACAAAAUCUUAAGAAAGCUUUAUCAAAAUUCAUAUUUUGAUAAUAAAAUUCCAGUAACCGUGGCUCCUUCAACUCCACAAGCCCCUUAUCGAAGAAAGGCAUCAUCAUCUUCGCAAUCACAACCACAGUCCCAAUCAGCUGCAACAAGGAUUAUUUACAGAGAACCAAUACCCUUUUGGCAACAGAACUGGUUUAUUGGGUUGCUUUUCGCGAUGGCUAUUGCUUUCUUUGUUCUUUCUAUUUUUCUCUUCCUUAAUCUUGAUCUUGAUUAUGGCUCUUUUACCUCUGCAUCUGCUGCCACGUCGUCCUCAUCUGAAUCUGUUGAGAUUACAUAUGGAACAGUUCUCAAGUUGAUGCAUGAGAGGACAAAAUUUCGACUGCAUUCCCAUGAUGUACCGUAUGGUUCUGGCAGUGGGCAGCAAUCUGUUACUGGAUUUCCUAAUGUUGACGACUCCAAUAGUUACUGGAUUGUUAGGCCUCAGCCAGACACGGGUGCCAAACAAGGCGAUGCCAUCAAGAGCGGGACGAUUAUUCGCUUGCAACACAUGAGGACUAGAAAGUGGCUGCAUAGCCAUUUGCAUGCAUCACCAAUAUCCGGCAACCUGGAGGUUAGCUGCUUUGGUGGAGAGUCUGACUCUGACACUGGGGAUUACUGGAGGCUUAUGAUUGAAGGGAGUGGGAAAACUUGGAAGCAAGAUCAGAGGAUUCGGCUGCAGCAUGUUGACACUGGUGGCUACCUGCACAGUCAUGACAAGAAGUACCAACGGAUAGCUGGGGGGCAGCAAGAGGUCUGCGGUGUCCGCGAAAAGCGUGCUGACAAUGUUUGGCUAGCAGCAGAAGGAGUGUACCUCCCCGUUACAGAGAGCAAGUAAAACAUAUUAAACACUAUUAGGCUUUUACUUUGUAAAAACAGGUGCAUGGGUUUUGAAUUUAGGGGCGGCUGGUGCCUGUUAUUACAGUAGCUGUAGAUGCUUUAUAUGAAACGAGGAAAUAUGCUUUAGAGACCAGGAUGUAACACUGCUAAUUGCUGUUUCUUUUCCCGCAUAUUAUGUAAACUCUGAAGAAAAUACUACCAUUUGUGGUUCCUUUCUGUAAUAUUGAUUAUGAAGUCUCACGACUUAAGGAACA